AUGGUUCCUAGGAUAGUGCAGCGAUGGGCGGUCUGCGUGGUGGUGGUGAUGGUGCUGGUCCUGGGCGUCAGUGAGGCCAAGAAGUGUGGCGUGAUCUGUCGUGUGCGCGAUCCACUGCGGAUCGGAAACAGCCACGCGCUGAAGGAGUGCCUGUACGAGGUGUACCCGGUGGAGAGCACCCAGAACGCGGAUUCCACGGUGUUCCAGAGCGAAAAUCGCAACCGGCUGUUCUCGCUGUACGGGGGACCGAGCUCGUGCGAAUACUUUGGCAACAUGAUCGCGACCGCCAAGGGACGCGACACGCUGGUGGAAACGAUCGCGAAGCAGCUGCAGAAGAGCGGCUUCAAGGGGCUGGAUCUGCAGUGUGAUCCGAUGCAGGCCCACGUCAGCCAGCACACGUACGCGAGCUUCAUCGAGCAGCUGCGCAACUUCCUGGGCAACACCUACGUCAUCAUGGUGACGCUGCACAGUUGCCAGCCGGAUCUGAAGCUGAUCGGACAGCUCAACCGAUGUGCCGAUUACGUCGUGAUCAACCAGCACGUUCAGUCAUCCACCUUGUCGAACGCACUGUCGCUGGGAUUGCAACGGCAACGCAUCCUGCUGACCACUCCGUUCCCGUCGCAGCUGAACUGUCCGCUAACCGGAGCGGAUCAUGCCCUCAGCGAGACACUGAACCACAUCCAGCAGCAGAGUCUGUUCGGUGCGGUCGUGCAGGUUGACCAGGACGAUGUGAACAACGUGUGCGGCGAAGGUCCGUACCCGCUGCUGCGCAAGGUACUCGAUCAUCUGUGCCGUGAUGCGGAGUGUAGCUUCCGGGGCUUCGUGCGUGACACCCGUGACUGCGGCCAGUACUACACCUGCGACAAUGGCUACACAACGACACAUCAUUGCCCGCCGGGACACUCGUUCGAUCUGUGCCAGAGCAGCUGCCAGCCGUUCCUGACGGUGAACUGCAACCAGACGACGUGCGUCGUGAGCGGUGCCUUGCCUCCGGGACUGGCGCCCGUCCCUUACCCGAUUCCCUUCCCCAUCAAUCCGACCAACCCUUGCCUCUGCAUUGGUGGCAACAACACCAACGGUGGUGGCGGCAACAAUGGUGGUGGUGGUGGUGGCGGCAACAACAACAACAAUCUUGGCAACUGUUCGGUGUGCUGUUGCGAUCUUCUAGGGAACUUGACCAAGCUGUUCAACAGCACUCAGAUGGCUCAAUUUUCCAACUUUAUCGAUCUCAUCGUGAAGAUCGGAGUAGAUGAUCUGGUGAAAACUAUUUCCGACUUUAUUACUCCGUUGAAACCGCUGCUGAAGCAGCUGGUCGAUGCGAUCAACGGUUUGCUCAUCUCGAUCUUGGGCGGAAAGGGCUCAAUCGAUAUCACGAAGGGUACCAUGGAUGGUUUGAACAAGGAUGGUAACAUCCUGAGCAACUUGCUUCAUACGCUCAUAAACCUGCUCAACAGUUUGUUGGGCGGCGGCGGCGGCGGUGGUAAUCUAUUGAACCUAACAGGAGCUGGAGCGUUGAAUCUGCUCUCUCCGCCUGGUGCUACUGGUGCUGAACUGUCACGGAUAAACGAGAUGAAGCGGAGCAGUCCGAAGGCGGAUGUGCUGCUUACGAUCGCGCUACCCCUGAAUGUUAGCGCUACCGCCACGCAUGGUCCCCUGUCCGAGCGGAUUGGCAUCGUGCUCCGGGACAAUGGGCUCGAUGGUGUUGAUCUAGACUACGACGUUGCGCCACUCGACGAUUACGGGCACAUCCGAUAUGGACAGUUUUUGCGCGCAUUGCGAUCACUGCUCGGCAGCAAAUACCUCGUCAGUACCACGAUCGGAUGCCAGUCACUGGGUGGAUCGAAGCUACUGCUCCAAUCGUUCAAUGAUCAGCUGGAUAUGGUGAGCGUCAUUGGGGUUGAUACGGCACCCUCCAGCUUGGGCGAGUCCGGUGAGUUUACCGUGCGAGAUUACACCAUCGAGCCGAUUCGCCAGCUAGUACGGCAGGGCCUGAACGUACAGAAGAUCGUGCUCAGCGUGCUAACCGUGGGCAUCGUGUUCAAUCCAAGCAACUAUCGUAACUCGCGCUCGCUGCAACCACGGAACCGCGUUGGGGUGCUAUCGUACGGUCAGGUUUGUGAGCUUUUAGGUGACCGCCGGGCAAAGUGUGGUAGCGCGGGCACGGAUUCGCUCUGCUCUCUGUUCAGUGGAAAGGGUGCGAUCGUGUACGACGAUGAGCAGACGGUGGAGCGGCGUACGAACCAGGCGAAACAGCUCGGUGCCCGUGGGGUGCUGAUGCUGCUCAACUACGACGAUGCGGACAAUGUCUGUGAUCGAGGAUCGUACCCGUUGUUCAGGGCACUGUGGAGAACGGCCCAAAGCACUCUGCAGGAAAGGGAGGAUGCCGGUGGUUCCGUUUGUGGUCCCGAUGGUCGCUACGCCGACACCCAGGAUCCGAGUGUGUACUACACGUACCAAGAUGGCAGAUUCCAUCAGCAUCGCUGCAAGGAUGGCGAACAGUUCAACAACGUACUGGCGAUGUGCAUCGAGCAAAUGAAGCCCAAGCUCAAUCCAGUGGACGAUGAAGAGUCUGCGACCGAUGAAUCACCGCGUGAUUCGAGCGAGCCUACCACGCCGUAUCGGCAGAAUUCGAUGGUGGAAAGUGUGCAAACGGCAACGUUUCCACCAUCGGCCCCAGAAACCGAUGCUGUCGAGCCGCUUUCGCAGACAACUCUCGAGCGUAUGGUAUCGUAUCUGAAUGGCAUCAUUGAACGGGCACUGGCGCUGGUGCAGCGGUUAGAACAUCUGGAAGCGCUCUCGGGCGCCCGAACGCAAUCUGUAAUACAAAGUGAUGCUGACGAUGGUGGGAUGCCUGGAGAGAAUGUGCAGGAACUGUUGAGUUUUAUGUGA